AUGAAAUCCACAGCGGCGGGUUCGAUCCUUGCAGACGGCAUUCACUUUCCAAUUGCAAAUGCCCGGAUGUCUGUGACGACAGCGGUUUCAAUCCUUGCAGACGACAUUUUUUUUCCAAUGGCAAAUGCCCGGAUGUCUCUGCCGUCCAAUCUGCUAUUUCUUUCUUCAGUGACUCUAGGGAAUCGUGAUACCAUUUUGGAAGUGUCACGAUCCAACGGAUUUUCUCGGGUGGAGCAAACGAUUGGUGGAGCCGUGCAGAAAGCUCAGCUCUCACCAACCUCAAUCCACAAACGACGUCCUCAUCGUCGGCGUCGUCCUUCAACAAAUUUUUUCUCUCUCCUUGAGGGAGCGGCGCCAUUUUCUCUCCAGUUCGGACGCCAUCACUUUCAUAUUAUCGCACAGCUCUAUCAACUUCUGCCGUGCCUCAAUCACGAAUGUCUCAAAAUCCUCCAAGAGUUUGGAGCAUUCGGAAUCGCAAUCCCUUGGCAGUUGCUCAAUGGAUCGAUCCGUCUGCCCGUACGUCGCCCGGAUGUGGAUUUCGAACUGGAGGAGUUCCCGCUCCAGGGUGGAGGCGCCCUCCUCUUUUCCCUUCGCCGCCUCCUCCCUCACCGACAGCGGACGAGGCGGACACUGAGGGGAGGCGGUCACGUGAUCAGUGUAACACACGUUACACAUGCACACAUUGCACCGGUCGCAAAAGGCGUCCCUGGAUUUGCGGUGACGUCGACAGUCCUCCAUCGUGACGACCCGGAUGGCCUCCACACUCGACACGCCCGACAAGUCUUUGGUCUCAUGUUUGGUGUGGACACUCUCGCAAGUCUGGCACAAGAGUUUCUGACAGUCCUGGCACCAAAUCUGGCCAGUCGAUUCUAUGCCCUCUUCCGAACAAGUAUCACAAUUCAGUUUGCGGGAUUCCAGCUGACGGCGCCUCAAAGAUUUCACCAAAAAUGGUGCCAGUCUCAAAUCGUCACCGGUCACAUGUUCUUGGCAAUGGGGACACAGGCCAUUUCCUCCAAGAAUCACCUCCACACACCUUCUGCAGAAAGAAUGAAGACAUGGCAACGUCUUCGAUUUCAAGUCCAAAAAUUGGUCGCAUUUCGAGCAUUGGAAUGUCUCUUCUUUACUUACAUUGGACGCCAUUUGGAGAAUUUCUUAUGA